AUGCAAGGUGGAAGUUUUUCUCAGAUUGGUUGUUUGAAACAACACCAGUUUGUUCGCUGUGGAAAACAAUAUAAAUGUAGUCUACAUGGAAAGAGUGUUUCUCAGUUAGGCAAGUUAAAACUGUGUAAUCGCCAACAUUCUGAGCAGAAGCUAUAUAAAUGUAGUCAGUGUGGAAAGUGUUUUUCUCAGUCUAGUAACUUAAAACGGCACCAGCUUCUUCAUUCUGGUGAGAGACCAUAUAUAUGUAGUUUCUGUGGAAAAAGUUUUUACCAAGAACAUAACUUAAAACUGCACCAUCUUGUUCAUUCUGGUGAAAAGCCAUAUAAAUGUACUCACUGCAGUAAAAGUUUUUCUCAGUCUAGUAACUUAAAAAGGCACCAGCUUAUUCAUUUUGGUGAAAAACCAUAUAAAUGUGCUCAAUGUGGAAAGAGUUUUAACCGAGCACAUGACUUAAAAUUGCACCACCUUGUUCAUUCCGAUGAGAAACCAUAUAAAUGUAGUGAAUGUGGAAAAAGUUUCUAUCAAUCUAGUAACUUAAAACGGCAUCAGUUUAUUCAUUUUGGUGAGAAAAUGUAUAAAUGCAGUGAAUGUGGAAAGAGUUUUUCCCAGGAACAUGAGUUAAAACAGCACCAGCGUAUUCAUACUGGUGAGAAACCAUUUAAAUGUAGUGAUUGUGGGAAGAGUUUUUCUCAAGGAGGCAACUUAAAACAACACCAGCUUAUUCAUUCUGGUGAGAAACCAUAUAAAUGUUGUCAGUGUGGAAAGGGUUUUUCCAAUGGACAUAAUUUAAAACAGCACCAAUUUAUCCAUUCUGGUGUGAAACCAUAUAAAUGUAGUGAAUGUGGAAAAAGUUUUUAUCAGUUUAGUACCUUAAAACGACACCAACUUAUUCAUUCUGGUGAAAAACCAUACAAAUGCAGUGAAUGUGGAAAGAGUUUUUCCCAGGAACAUGACUUAAAACAGCACCAGCGUGUUCACACUGGUGAGAAACCAUAUAAAUGCAGUGAAUGUGGGAAGAGUUUUUCUCAAGGAGGCAACUUAAAACUGCACCAGCGUAUCCAUUCUGGUGAGAAACCAUAUAAAUGUUGUCAGUGUAGAAAGAGUUUUUCCAAUGGACACAACUUAAAACGACACCAGCUUAUUCAUUUUCGUGAGAAACUGUAUUAG